AUGUCGGAGACUCGCCGUAGCCAUUCUAGAGAUGAACGAAUCGACAACUCGGAGAUUCAACAACGAAGAGUUGUAGUUGAGAACAGUCAUGGUGAGAAACUCGUGGGAGUUUUGCAUGAUACGGGCUCAACAGAGACUGUUGUCAUCUGCCAUGGAUUCCAAUCGUCAAAGGAUCGGGUUCCCAUGGUGACAAUUGCCAAUGUCUUUGAAAGAGCCAUGAUCAGCUCUUUCCGGUUUGAUUUCGCUGGCAACGGGGAAAGUGAAGGAUCAUUUCAAUAUGGUAACUACCGCCGUGAAGCUGAAGAUCUACGUUCUGUUCUCCAACACUUGCGUGGGGAAAACCGUGAGAUCUCUGCGAUAAUCGGACAUAGUAAAGGUGGAAAUGUGGUGCUUUUGUAUGCAGCAAAGUACAAGGAUGUGCAGACUGUUGUGAAUAUCUCAGGACGGUUUUUUCUAGAGGGAGGAAUAGAAGGGAGGCUUGGUAAGGACUACUUCAAGAGAAUCAAAGAGAAUGGGUUCAUCGAUGUUAGGAACAGAAAGGGAAAGUUCCAGUAUCGGGUAACCGAAGAGAGUCUAAUGGACCGUCUCACAACCAGUCCUCAUGAAGCAUGUCUCUCAAUUCCUGAAAACUGCAGGGUCUUAACAGUUCAUGGGUCAGCUGAUAAGAUCGUGCCUGAAACAGAAGCAUCCGAAUUCGCCAAAUACAUAAAGAAUCAUACACUGCGUUUUGUUGAAGGGGCUGAUCAUGAGUUCACUUCUCACCAGCACCAGCUUGCUUCUACUGUUUUAUCAUUCUUCAAAUUGGAUCCCAAGAUAGAUGAUGAUGAUUCAGGUACGAAUCGAUUAGAAAGGUAA